AUGCAAACGAGUGCAGCGACAACACAAUAUCGACGACCCAAACGAUGCAGAAAGGGGCAGAGAGGCAAUUUAGACGGAAAAAACAUUGGUAUCACUCCAACCGACGACGACUUGGGGCUAGCGGUUGCUAUCGGCGAGGUCGAAGCCGCGUCGUCCAGCAAAGGGAGGCGGAGAUGCUGGCGAAGGGUGGCACCAGUCCCGGGAGUUCGAAGGCGUGGGAGCGUGCCAAGCGGGUGCAUUGAGAUUGAGCUUGUUUAUCCAUGGCGGCCAGACCAGCCAGCCCGCAGACCCUUCCCCAGUCGUGCCACCACCCACCACUCGCUGCUGGGCACAGAAGAUGCGCGUCGCCGUGACCGAAUACCCUGUGCUCCCCUUCAUCUGAGGGCCUCGCAAGGCGUUCUGAACAGCAUGAGCGACGUCAAAGGCCGGCACAACGAAGCACGACGGCCGGCACGCCACGUUUUGGGAGCCGGCCGUCAUGGAGCCUCGACGGUGGCUCGCUUGCCCCUGGUCGUGCUGGUCAAUCACUGCUCCAUCAGGACUCAUCGUGGCAGCGUGCUCAGGGUUCCACUUCGCGGCGCCGAUCACCUAGGAGUUUCGAAACCUGUUGGCCUGAUGCUGCAAAACCUCGAUUCUGCUAGACUGCUUGGCUUGCUCUGUGACUCUAUCCGACAUGCAAUUCGCUGUGCGCCUGCUAAAUCCCGUAGAAAUUCCCUGCUUCAAGGAUGCUCGUCGCCAUGCCGAACACCACUCGAACAGCUUCAGGGCUUUGUGGCGCUGCGCCCCGCGAGAGCUCGCAAAACAGCAAACUGUGUGCUCUGGGCAUAUGUGCCCAUAUAUGGCGGGAAAAAUCACCGGCUGAAAGGGGGCACGGAGUCGCACCCAGCCUUGCUGCUAGGAGCUGGGAUGUUUCUGUCACGCCGUCGGCUCUCAUGGAUGAAUGCCAACCCCAUUGCCCCAGAUGCCCUCGUCGGUCCCAGCUGCCCUCUUAUCGAUUGCCUCUACAAGCGACAAACCGCGUUAGCUCCUGAGCUCGGCCCAUGCUCGCGUCUAUCCGCAAUCUGGCUCAACACCAUCUUGACUCCUCUCAGCUCGUCGUUUGGCAUGAACAAUGUCAACGGGGCGCUCACGCGCGAGCUGCUUUGA